ACAACCCAUCCACCUACAUACACUUCACCAUAAAGUUUGACAUCUCAGAUCAGCUGUGUGGUCGCUGGAGCACAGAACCACGAUGGAACAGCAGUGAGGAAAACCAACGAGAGAGUGGAUCCGUGUCAUGAUGGUGCUCGUCCUGAUUGUCGCAGGUGUUGUGGUUGUCGCGCUGCUCAUGGUUUUAUUCGCACCCUACAUUAGGAAAUACUCUGCAGGUGGAACAUGUAUGUCUAUGGCCCGGUUGGACGGGAAGACGGUCCUGAUUACUGGAGCCAACACUGGUAUUGGGAAGGAGACUGCCCUGGACCUGGCUAUCAGAGGUGCGAGGGUGAUCAUGGCUUGCAGAGAUGUGGAGAAGGGUGAGGAGGCCGCAGCAUCGAUACGACGCAUCUACUGCAAGGCAAACGUAGAGGUCCGAGAGCUAGACCUGGCUGAUACCAGCUCCAUACGGGCCUUCGUGCAACGCUUACUCAGAGAGGUCGACCACCUCCACAUCCUGAUCAACAAUGCUGGGGUCAUGAUGUGUCCUUACGUGAAGACCAACGACGGCUUCGAGAUGCAGCUGGGGGUCAACCACCUGGGUCCCUUCCUGUUGACGUACCUCCUGAUUGGUCUGCUGAAGCGUAGUGCUCCGGCCCGUAUCGUCGUGGUUUCCUCUCUGGCUCAUAACGCUGGCUGGAUCCGCUUCCAUGACCUCCUCAGCCAGGGCAGCUACAACAGCGGCCUUGCAUACUGCCAGAGCAAGUUGGCCAACGUCCUGUUUGCUAGGGAGCUGGCCCGCAGACUCAAAGGUUCCAGUGUGACUGUGAACUCUGUCCACCCUGGGUUGGUGCGCUCGGAGCUGGUACGCCACUCCACCAUCAUGUCUCUGCUGUUCUCUCUGUUCUCCUUGUUCCUGAAGAGCCCUCGGGACGGGGCCCAGACAUCCAUCUACUGCGCCGUGGCAGAGGAGCUGCACUCUCUCACCGGGAAACACUUCAGUGACUGCGCCCCAGCCUCCGUGGCCCCCCAGGGGAGGAACGAGGAGACUGCCAGGAAGCUGUGGGACGCCAGCAGUGAGCUCCUGGGCAUCGUCUGGGACCACUGAUCUGAACCACCCUCUGUCAUUAAAACACUGGCCGCAACCCCAACGCCCUGUAAAGGCACUACUUUUGACCAGGGCCCACAACCUUGUUCCAAAUGGUUACAGCAAGAGCCGGCAGUAGGGCCCACAGGGCCGCGGUAGAAAGUGGUGCCCUAUAAAGGGAACAGGGUGCCAUUGUGGAUGCAUCCCAUGUUCUCUAAGGAGUCUUUGUUUUCAAUCUUGAGUACAUAUGUAGCUUUAUCAUUUCAUGACGUUACGUUACAUCUCAAACUACAGUUAUCCCACUUGAAUAAUAACCAUAGAGGAAUUCAGAUAGACAUAAUGGCAGAUAGGACUCUUAUGGUAGUAACUGCAAGAUCAAAUACAUUAUUGUUCCGCCACAGGUUAACCAGGUCUAGCCAGGGUGUAACCAGGUCUAGCCAGGGUGUAACCAGGUCUAGCCAGGGUGUAACCAGGUCUAACCAGGGUGUAACCAGGUCGUAGCCAGGGUGUAACCAGGGUCGUAGCCAGGGUGUAACCAGGUCGUAGCCAGGGUGUAACCAGGUCGUAGCCAGGGUGUAACCAGGUCGUAGCCAGGGUGUAACCAGGUCUAGCCAGGGUGUAACCAGGUCGUAGCCAGGGUGUAACCAGGUCGUAACCAGGGUGUAACCAGGUCUAGCCAGGGUGUAACCAGGUCUAGCCAGGGUGUAACCAGGUCUAGCCAGGGUGUAACCAGGUCUAGCCAGGGUGUAACCAGGUCUAGCCAGGGUGUAUAGCCAGGGUGUAACAGGGUGUAACCAGGUCUAGCCAGGGUGUAACCAGGUCUAGCCAGGGUGUAACCAGGUCUAGCCAGGGUAUAUUAUAAACCAGCUGAUUCAGUUUGUUUUGUUUCAUAUUAUAAAUGGGGUUCCAAAAUUCCUGUAACUUUUCACAAAAUGCCCAUUUUCCGAAAUCCUAGUUGGAAGAUUGCUGGAAUUAAAGCAAAACAUCCAGGAUUUUGGGGGGAGUUACAGGAAUGUUACAAAUUUUCCACUCUAGGUGAUUCUUCCCCCCUCAGCAUUGUUAAGAUGUCUUUUAUACAAAUGUGAAACAUGCCUUUUUUAGUACAUUUUAGGGUUGCAAUAUUUUUUUUUAAUAACAAAUCAGGAAAUCCUGAAUCUUCUCCAACCAGUAUUUCUGGAGAGAGAAAAAAAAAAAAAACAGGGCAUUCUGGGAAAAUGUGACACCCAAACUACAUAGCAGUCAUGUCAGGAGUUUAAUGUUCACAUCUGUAAAUAAAAUAUAACAUUACUAGCUA